AUGGAACCCGUCCUCCAUGGUGUUCAGGACCUCAUGGUGAAGUGCCGAUCGCUCUUCCGGUCGCACGGCACUCUGAUCAUCGUCACUGGUGUGGCCUCAUUAAUCGCCUUGAAGGCUCUUAAGCUCAUGAAGCGUACCAGGGUGGACCUCCAUGCACUCUUCGGUGGACCAAACCAUUUCCUCCCGGUCCUUGGUUUCAUCCCGAAGUCAGUGGAUCACCUCUGUCAUGCAUUGGAGAUCUACGCUGAUACGUAUGGCGAUGUAUACAACAUGAGAAUCAUCGGCGGGGACGUGAUAGUCGUAUCUGAUCCUGAGCUUAUUCGACAAGUUCUGAAUGCACGUCCGAGGACCUACAUAAAACCCUUCAAUAAACACAGGAUUAUGCCGAUGGAAGGUAUGUUUAACACAGAAGGUGAAGUGUGGAAGCGGAACAGACGAUUGGGUGCGCCGGCAUUCAACGACAUCAACUCAUCGGCUAUGAUUCCCGAUAUGUCCAAAGUGGCCUUGAGGCUGAUACGACAGUUGAAGUCCCUCAGUCAAGAUGGUGUCAUCGUAUGGCGCCCCACAGAAUGGCUUCCCCUCUGCACUUUGGAUAUCUUAUGUGUCACCACUCUCGGGAAGGAUUAUAAUUUCGUGAAUCCAGAUGCCGAUAGAGUAUAUAAAACUGACCCCGGUGGUGUGAAAUGCGAUUCCGCUACUGGGACGGCGUGCCACUCGGACGACAAUCCGGAGAGCUCCAGCUAG